CCACACACGUCAAUAUGGCGUGUUGUAAAACGGCCGACCGAACGGACUACUACUCGGGGGAAUAUGUACAAGGAUGAUGGGAGGGGCCCAAAUCUCCACCCUGGAAUUGAGGAGAGUGGGGUGGUCUACUUUGCUGCCUAUAUCGAAAUGAAGGGUUUUUUUCUUUCCUACUAG